AUGUCCACCCCCUCCCCACACCCACCAGGGAAUCGCCUAAACAUGUCCACCCCCUCCCUAAACAUGUCCACCCCUCCUCCCCACACCCACCAGGGAAUCUGCCUAAACAUGUCCACCCUCCCCACACCCACCAGGAAUCGCCUAAACAUGUCCAACCCCUCCCCACAUCCACCAGGGAAUCGGCCUAAACAUGUCCACCCCUCCCACCAGAGAAUCUGCUCUAAACAUGUCCACCCCUCCCCACACCCACCAGGGAAUCAGCCUAAACUUGUCCACCCCCUCCCACACCCACCAGGAAUCUGCCUAAACAUGUCCACCCCUCCCCACAUCCACCAGGGAAUCAGCCUAAACUUGUCCACCCCUCUCCCACACCCACCAGGAAUCGGGCCUAAACAUGUCCAUGCCUCCCCACACCCACCAGGGAAUCGGCCUAAACAUGUCCACCCCCUCCCCACACCCACCAGGGAAUCGGCCUAA